AUGAAAUUUUUGGAAGAACUGAAAGGACGGCCCGCGCUCCGCGCGAACGGCGCACGCCCUCAAAGUUUUCCAUACACCGCUAAGCCCCAAGGCAAAGAAGUCGAUCAUUUCAACAUAACCAUCCAUCACGAACCCCAAACACACAAUCCCAAAGAAAAAACCAAGCACGGCAGAAGACAAGCAGCAACCCCAGUAAUCCCCAGCCCAACUACUCAACCAAGGAAACGAACUCCCGCCUUGCACCGUUGGAGAAGUGAUGACGUGGCUCCACCUCGCCGGAGGUUACCUACAAGCAUUGACACAUUCCGCGCUAAAUCCAGCUCGCAACCCUUCAAACUUGACUUGAACCCCCGGACGGAACGCAACUCUUGGAUCGAUGGUACUUUUUUGAACCUCUAUGAUGUAUUUGACGUAGAAUAA